UGAUCAUUAGAUACUAUUUAGCUAUUGAAACAUGCAUGCCAGAUAUCGUGGUCCGGUAAAUGGGAAUAGGUCUAGUUCGAUGGGUGUUGGGGGUGUGGGAGCUUCACCUGAACGAUUUGUGAGAGGUCGUGGUGAGUAUAGAAACUAUAGUCGGGUUGAUUUUGGGCGUGGUCAGUCAAAGCAGUUUGGAUUGCCUCAAGGAAAUGAAAUUUUCAUGGAAGCUGGACGGCUAGCGGCUGAGUACCUUGUUUCCAAGGGAGUGUUGCAUCCAAGUGCUCUUUCAGGGAAAUAUCAAAAUGGUAGCUUAAGGAAUCCAGUUGAAGAAUUUCAGGGGUUUAGGUCACAGGAGGCUGAUUUUAUGGGGGUCCCUGUGGAAGGUCGAAUAUCAGCUCUUCCUCAUUUGGGGAGUGCUGCAGGUGAUGUAGGUCAUGGUAGGAAAAGGUUUCCGGAGGAAUAUAACUCAAUGGGUUCAAGAAGCUUUGUGAGAGAAAGUAGAAGAAAUGAAACUGUUAAAAAUUAUGGCUCUGAGUUCAAUCGAGAAUUAGGAAGAGUUGGGUCGUGGAAUAGAGUCAGAAACUCUCCUGAUGUGGAUGCUCAAGAUAAUGCUUUUUCAGGGAAUAGAGAUGAACAGAGAGUAGCUAAGAAUAGUGAUGUGGUGUUGCAAAAUUCCCCUCCCAGGAAAAUAGAUCCUGAGAUUGAGAGUUCAGUGGACUCGCUGAUUGAUUCAGAGCCUGCAGGCCAAAACAAGACAGGGGAUGAUGCAGGUAAAAAGGCAUGUCCUAUUAGCACUGAAACUAAUCUUCCAUCAGAGGAUGAACUACAACAUACUGAAAAGUGUAUUGAAAUGGAAGCCUCAAAAAUAGAAGUUGAUCAGGUUGAUGUUUCCAACGAUAAUGGUGAUUUGGAGACAAAAGCUGCCAAGGAGAACAUAGAAGUUAAACCUUGUACUGAAGAACAUACGCAUACAAUCAAGAGUAGUAAUAAUUUACUUAGUGUCUGGAGGUUUGAGCAUGUUCCCAAGAAAACUCGCUCUUCAUUGGCAAAUAGAGUUCUGAAGGUUUUUGAUAAUGCAGUCAUCAAAGAUGAGAACACCCGUGAGAUGGAGCUUCCUAAGGAUACCCAAAUGCAUUCAGAACUGAACCAUGUGGAUGUUUCUGCUGGUGUAAUUUCAUCUCCUCAUAGUCAUGAUGCAAGAAACCUUGAUUCUGGCAAGUCGGAACCUCUUGAUUUGGAGGAAGAAUCACGUUGUUCUCAAGUCAUUAAGCAAGUAAAUGAGACGGAUUCCUCAUCUCUUGGAGACAGCAUGGUAAUAAAGGAGGACGAAACAAUUGUCGAGUUACCUGGAUUUGAAAGUUGCAGUUCUAUUAACUUGGAAAGAGGAGAGAAACGAGCAUUAGAGCAUGAUGAUGAUUGUACAGGGAGAGCUAAGAAACCUAGAGAAUUGGUUUCAUCUACAUGUUCUCUCUCAGAUGGUAUUCUGUACCAUUCUAAUUCCAUGGAAGACUGGCCGAAUUCACAGGAACCAGGGACUUCGCACGGCGAGGGAGUGAUGUUGUCAUUAGAUGAAAAGAAGUUGGUUGACAUUCCUCUGAUUACCAAGAGUGAUGUGGAGCCAGACACUGACUUUACAGGAAAACAACUUUUUCCAGGCUCCUUGAAAACUUGUGACCUCAAUCUUUUGGAAGCUUCUGUUGUGAAUGAGACUCAAAAUGCUGAUCCUGUUGAUAUAUUCCCAGGGAUAACUGGAAGUGUAAAAGAAGAAGCACCAGUUGAUAUUGAUCUGACCAUGAGUAGUAACUGCAAUACAGCUCGUCAAUAUGCUAAAUCUGCCUUUGAUAAUAUUGACAUUGAGGUGAUUGAUUUGGAUAAUGAUUCUGAACAAGAAGACAAGACUUUGAAUAAUCUAGAGACAAGGUCUGAAGUUGUAUUUACUGGAUCAGAUGGUUUUUCAAAUAACCCCCAUGGUACCGACAAUACUCCCGAUGUUCAGGAUGGUUAUGGACUGAUGAUAUCAGAAUUGCUUGGGAAUGAUAUACCAAGCUGUUCUUCUGUACCAGAAAAUAUGAAUUCUUUUCACAAUGAUAUGGGCCUGCAUAAUGGAGAGGGAGUGCUUGGAGAUGAUGAUUCAAUAUAUAUGUCUUUGGGAGAAAUACCGAUAAGCUUUCUGACGGCCUGGGAGCAGCAGACACAAGAAUUCGGGAAGCCAUUUUAAGCUACAACCUUUCCAGGUUUUCAUGAGAUAUAUUAUACAAUAAUCAUUUGUAUGGCUCAAUUUAGUUGUCAAAGAUUAGUUCUAUGCUACAGCAACUUCAUGUAUAUUUCAUGACUUGUGUAAGAUCCUCACUUCCAGCUGAUGUAAGUACUGUCCCCUCACCCCCUUCCUCGUCUCUUGAAGGGAGGUAGUCAAAUGUAUUUUCUUUACUCC